UCUCUUUUUUUUUUUUUGUUUUUAUUUUCUUCCUUUUCCCUUUUAUACUUUACUUUUUUUUUAUUUCCCUCCACUUCCUUGCUUGCUCCCUUUGUAUCAAACCAUCUCUCCAUCUAUUUAAAUCCAAUAAUACAAUAACGGUCAUUUCUUUUUGUGAAUAUAAAAUUUAUAUUUGACUGAACCACUUUGUUUUUUUUUGUACCAACACUUGACCUAUUGGAACCGUGUAUACAACUUCCCGACUCCAAUAACCGUCCUAUUUUUACUAUCUACGCGACAAAGCUUCAAUAUAAACAAUAAUAUUCAAGAUGGCAAACGAUGAAGAUACUUGUGCUGUUUGUCAUGCGGAUCGACCGGGACCAAAAAAUCCGAUUAUCUUUUGUGAUGGUAGAGAUUGCAACAUACCGGUACAUAAACGAUGCUAUGGUGUAGGAUCUGUUCCUAAAGGUGAUUGGUUUUGUCAAAGAUGUGAAUGCAAAUUGAAGAAGAAACCAACAAAUGUGAUUUGUUGUCCUAUGCAGACCGGCGCUUUCAAAUAUACGAUCAUACCUGGUGGAUUCAUGCAUGUGGUUUGUGCUAUGUGGAACAAGAAUAUCGAUCAUACAAGUCAACUUUAUGCCGUCAAUAAGAGACAAUUAGAUGUAGAUGUAAGUCUUAUAAAAAUUCACUUCUUCCUUUUCUCACACACACUUUUUUUUUUUGUUUGCUUUCUAUAUCAGGAAUGUGAUAUAUGUCAUAAAACAAAAGGAUUAUGCAUCAAAUGUCAGCGUCCUGGCUGUUCCAAGUAAGUUUUUUUUUUUUUUUUUUUUUUUUUUUUAAAAAAAAAAAAAAAAGAAAA